AUGUCGGACAAGUCAGAGAUCCAGGCCAAAGCGAACCAGGCCGUCGAGCAGUCGAGCGACAACAUGGCGCACGCAAUGGCCGGGGCGGGGGGAGGGCUGCUGUCAAUGGCGCUCACAUACCCUCUCAUCACCUUAUCCACCCGAGCGCAAGUCGAGAAGAAGAAGGCACAUACCGGGACGGUCGCUGCGGCGAAGCGUAUCCUCGACCGCGAGGGCAUUGCGGGACUCUAUGCCGGCAUGGAGAGUGCAUUGUUCGGCAUAACGGUCACGAACUUUGUGUAUUACUACUGGUACGAGUUCAGCAAGGCCUUCUUCCAGCGAUCGACCAAGAAGACCUACCUGAGCACGGUCGAGAACAUGGCAGCAGGUGCCUUGGCCGGGUCCGCGACAGUGUUCCUGACGAACCCAAUCUGGGUCGUCAACACCCGGAUGACUGCACGCCAGUCGCAGUCUCAAGAGAGUGGUCUGCCCACCACAGAGGGCGAGAAGUCGCAGAAGGAGUCCGCGCCGAGCACCGUUGGCACUUUGAUGAAGAUAAUCAAAGAAGAUGGCUUCAUGCGAUUGUUCGCUGGUGUCCUGCCAGCUUUGGUUCUCGUCAUGAACCCUAUCCUGCAAUAUACCGUCUAUGAGCGUCUGAAGCAAAUGCUUGAGAAGCGCCGGAAGGUCGGCGCGACAGACAGCUUCCUGCUGGGCGCGCUUGGGAAGUUGGUCGCAACGUCGAUCACGUACCCGUAUAUUACGGUGAAGUCGCGCGCGCACGUCGCGUCGGGCAAGCAGGAGGGUAUGAUCGCUAGCUUGCGACGGAUCGUCAAGGAGGAGGGUGUUGGUGGGCUCUACGGAGGAAUCGGACCUAAGGUCACGCAGUCCGUCAUCACGGCUGCCUUCUUGUUCGCCUUCAAGGAUGUGUUGUAUGAUGCGACAGUCAAGGCGCGGAGAAAGGUCGCAAAGGCGUAG